UGUUUAAACUUAAGCGUGAAUAUACAAAAAGAUUAUGAUGGCAUCUUUACGUUUUGAGUCGAUUAAUAAACUUUUAACUCGAGAGGGCCCUUUUCAGUCCCCCAACUUUGAACCCAGCUCUGAGAAUCUAGAUUUACUACUUAACCACGCAAAGGUGCUUGUAGUUGGAGCUGGCGGCUUAGGAUGCGAACUUUUAAAGGAUUUAGCACUUUCUGGUUUCAGACAUAUUUCCGUUAUUGAUAUGGAUACUAUAGAAUUCUCGAAUCUUAACCGUCAGUUUUUAUUUAGAACUUCGGACGUAGGAAAAUUCAAAGCUGAGGUGGCCGCUAAAUAUACAAACUGGCGCGUUCCUGGAGUUAACGUGACCGCUUAUAACACUCGUUUAGAAGACCUUGAUGCCGAGUUUUAUUCUUCCUUCCACGUCAUUCUUUUGGGCCUGGAUUCCAUUUCUGCACGGGAUUGGAUUAAUAGCUUAGUCCAUCGCGUGGUGCGUAUAGACCUUGACGGAAAGGUGGACGAGAGUACGGUGAUCCCCAUCAUCGACGGCGGCACUGAAGGGUUGAAGGGCUCCGUCCAAGUCCUCGUGCCCACAAAGACCCACUGCUUCCGCUGCAUGAGAGGGCAGUACCCCGAGACUACCGCCGUACAGCUCUGCACCAUCGCCACAAAACCGAGAACGCCAGCACAUUGCGUACUCUGGGCAAGGCACGUCCACUGGCCAGAGAGACUGCCGUUCGGAGGCAAGCAGGGAUGUGACUGCAGUGCUAUAGAACGCGCUAACUUUUUCAGUGGCAGAUGUUGA